AUGUAUGCUCCAAUGAGAGCAGUUACUUUUGAGGAAGAUGGCAGGGACCCGAACAUCUGGUUUCUUAAUCAUAACUAUCAUGAAUCAAUGGAGCAUGUUGUAGGUUGGUAUAGCACUGGCCCAAAACUGAAAGAGAAUGACCUAAAUAUUCAUGAACUUUUUAACGGAGGAGGUUUCAUUUUCUUUCUGUAUAAAGAGAAUGACCCAAAACUGAUUUGGUUGAGAAGUACAUGGAGGAGCUGGCCCAACUCGAGACCUAAAUAUUAUCACGCUCUGUCGUCCGAGCUUCCCAUGUUUGUUCGACUUUUUCACUAUUAUUCUGGUAAAGAAAGAAAAAACGAAACUAGAUAA